UGAAUAUGGGACUACUACCCGUCGACAAUUUACAACACAAAAUAGUGACGUCACCAAACCACACCCUGAUUCUACGUUCUGCUACAUUAACGAAGUCCACGAUUACCGACAUUGCCCGCUCGGUUGCUGUGUUGGGACAUGCUGCAAUGAAAGUGAUAUACUCCACCCUGGCCUAACGAUAUGUUACAUAGAAGCCGAGCAGAGUUAUCGUUACUGUGGGUAUGGCUGUUGUGAGGGAAAGUGCUGCAGCCAUCCAUCUUCCACUAUGUGUUGGAUAAACAGUAUACACGAUUACAAGUACUGUCCAAUGGGGUGCUGUGGUGACAAAUGUUGUAGAGACGGCUCCACAAUACAAUCAAACUCUACUCUCUGUUACGAUUAUAAGAAAGAAGAUUACAUCUACUGUUCUCAUGAAUGUUGUGGAGGGAAAUGCUGUGAUAUGAUCUAUCAGCAACAACAAGGCCAUCAUAUAUCUGUUGCCAGUAUAGUCUUUAUUGUCCUAGGAACCAUUUUAACCCUGGUUUGUGUCGUCGGGCUCGUUGUCUACGUUAUUUCCCGCCGGAAUGGAAUUUCGAGAACACCUAAUAUGAUGCAAACUGUUUAUUCCGUCCCUAAGCAGAAUGCAUAUGUUUAUCAUAAGCCGUAUCAGAAAAUUUGA